GGGGAGGUGGGGACAUAGACAACAAGUGAAAACUCAUUUGAGGAAAACAUUGGGAGUGUAAGGAUGGUUAACGGUGUUGUGUCCUUUCUGUUUUUUCCUGUGAUCAUUUUGCUGGGGAAUGCACCUUUCUGUUUUUCCAGCUCCUAUUCCUUGUCGGAUGACUUGCAGACUGACACAACCGAUAUCUAUACCGAUAACUACGAAUACUAUGAUGAGUUUAGCGAGAUACAAGACAGCAUCCGCACCCUCCUCCCGCACUGGAGUGCUGACUGGGUCUACAACUACUUUACCCACCCCGUAGAUCCCUGCUCAUCCAACCCUUGCAAAAAUAAUGGGGUGUGUGAAAGGCACAGAGAUAACUUCACAUGCACCUGCCCCAAGCCAUAUACCGGGACUACAUGUAAUUCAGUGCUGAACACGUGCCAACAACACAGCUGUCACAGAGGAGACUGCCUUGUCACACUAACUCCACCUUAUUUUCGGUGCAGUUGUAUCCAUCCCUACAAGGCACCCAACUGCCGCAGAGCAUCAUUACAAUGCACCCCAAACCCAUGUCAAAAUGGAGGCACCUGUGUACGGCACAGGUUAAGAUCAAAAUCUACUUGCCAGUGUGUCAAGCCCUUCAGAGGGAGAUUCUGUGAAAUAGGACCAGAUGAUUGUUAUCAGCAGGACGGCUACCAAUACAGAGGGAGAGUUAAUCAGCUGAUAAAUGGGAAGACGUGUCUUCAUUGGACUUCUCACCUUCUCUUGGGUGAUAGGUUCAUUGCAUUUAUGGAGAAUGCUGACAAUUAUGGCAUUGGUGACCAUAAUUUCUGCAGGAAUCCAGAUGGUGAUGAAAAACCCUGGUGCUUUGUCCACUCCGGGAACAAAGUGAAGUGGGAUUUCUGUGACAUUUCACCCUGCUCAGAAACAGAAGAGGAUCCAACGACAACAGUCAACCCUACUGAGCCACCUAAAACAUGUGGACAGCCAGGGACUGUGAGAUCGUUCAAGAGGAUCUAUGGCGGGACCAAGUCUACUCCUGGCAAACAUCCCUGGAUGGCAUCUCUACAGAGGAAGUAUUCAUUGAGCGCCUUUGAGCCUAAGGGACACUUCUGUGGAGGAGUUCUCAUUGAGCCAUGCUGGGUCCUCACAGCAGGACACUGUGUUCAAAUAAAAGAAGAAAACCUGCAAGUGUUCCUUGGGAAGCAAGACCUUAAGAGAAGAGAAUACCAUGAACAAAAAUUUAACGUGGAGAAGAUAAUUAGGUAUCCAUUGUACAAAGACGAUGAUGGCAUCCCAAUCAAUGAUAUUGCGCUGCUUAAAUUGAAGCCCUUUGAUGGCCAUUGUGCUCUGGAGACAAAGUACGUGAAAACAGUGUGUUUACCAGAUUCUCAGUUUCCUGAUGGGACUGAAUGCCACAUCUCAGGAUGGGGAGAAACUGAAGCUGGUGAAGAAUCUCAUCAGCUUCUGGAUGCCCGAGUGAAGCUGAUUUCUCAGAAGCGGUGCAACGCACGGAGUGCACAUAAUAACAUGCUGGAUGAAAGCAUGUUUUGUGCAGGAAACCUUGAACGAUCGGGAGUCGAUUCUUGUCAGGGAGAUUCUGGCGGACCUCUUACAUGUGUACAAGAUGGUUCCUACUAUAUCUAUGGCAUUGUGAGCUGGGGUGAUCAGUGUGGGCUAAAACAAAAACCAGGAGUUUAUACCCGAGUGACAACAUUUCUCAGUUGGAUUAAGUCGAAAAUUCGGUCCAGGUCCAGUUCACACUAUUGAGAGAGAUCUUCUGGAAGGCUAAUGGUAAACUUGAGGAAAUAAAAAACGUAUUUCCUCCUUUUCCUCCUGCUCUUUGUUAGCUAGAGAAGAACUUUAUUAAUGACUUUAUGAUCUUGCAAAAAUAUCCAAGAUGGUGAUCCGUGGCAAAGCAUGGAUAUUUAGCUGGUAAUUGAAGCUCCUGUAUGUGCUCUUAAGGUUUGAUGUGAACCAUGAAUAUGAUCAGCUUAGCAACAUCACUCUUGUCUGGGAUUCCUCAUCAGGUUUUUCAUGGCUCUACAUCCCAUGCCACAAACAGCCCCAUAAUGCAGCGAUAGCUAUUCCUAGUAAUUUCUAACAAACUUCUUCAGUUAUUUACAACAGAAUAUAACUUGCAUAUAAGACUGUGAUCUCUCUAAAUCAGGCAGAACUCCUCUGAAGUCCAUUAAAGUGUAUAACCCCAUUAGUCAAUGCUAACUUCAGCUUUCAUCAGCCCUUGCCUUCAUCGAAUCAUAGAAAAGUAGGGAUGGAAGGGACUUCAGGAGGUCAUCAAGUCCAAACCCUGUUCAAGGCAGGACCAUCCUGAACUAAGCCAUCAAAUGUUUGUCUCACUUAUUCUUAAAACUGCACAAACAACCCUACACCAGGCCCAGUGCCUAAGUGCAUGAAUGCACCUGAAUGUGCCCCAGGUAAAGCAGGUAGAUGAGGGCUAUCAUCUGUCCUGCCACUGCUUUGUCCUCUGCAAAUGCAUUUAAAUCCUGUUGUUGUGUAUCUCUUUUCAAAUCAAGAGUAGCAGUGAACCAAGUACUACCCUCCAAAUAUCCAAAGGCAACAUUUAUGGAAACAGAUGUUUGAUUUAUUCAAUAAAAAUGUGUUACAUUCUACAAAUCAGGGUUCAUUCAUCUUUAGUACAAAGCUGAGCCUGCCAGUCAUCUAGUACUGAUUUCAUUCACAACAUCAAUAAAUACUGGACUACAAUAUGUUCAGUUAUAAAUCUCUUAAAGUAUCCACACAAAAAUAUAAAGAUCGAUAUUAACUGGUAAGGGUCAGGUGGGGUUUAAAACAACAAAACAGAUCUUAGAUGCCAUCUAUUGUGCUCCUCAAGAAAGCAAGAGCAUUUGCAGGGCAAACUAAAAGAUCAAAACAUUUCCAUUUGAAUCCU